CCCGCGCCGCGCCGCAGUCCUCGUCCACCAACCCCGGUUGCCAGUGCUGCGGUCCCAGUUCAGCGCAGCGCUCCGGAGCUGAAAGGACUGCAGCCAGCGCCCGAGGUCAGGAGGAAUAGGUGGCGCCUAGAGAGCGGGUAGCUGAGAGCUGCGGCAGCCCGGAGGUGGAAGCUCUCUAGAGAGAGGGACAGUGCAGCCUGCAAGGGAGCAGCGGGGCGCCGGCAGGCUGGUGUGUGGGAGACCCUGCAGGAGGCAUGGCUGGGCUACUAGCCAGCCGGGGCCCGGGGCGCGGGCUACUGGUGUUGUCCACGCUGGGGUUUUGCCUAAUGCUGCAAGCCAGUGCCAAGAGGCCUCCUAAGACGCCCCCCUGCCCACCCAGCUGCUCCUGCACCAGGGACACCGCCUUCUGCGUGGACUCUAAGGCAGUGCCCAAGAACCUGCCUUCAGAGGUCAUCUCCCUGACCCUGGUGAACGCUGCCUUCUCGGAGAUCCAGGAUGGAGCCUUCUCCCACCUGCCACUGUUGCAGUUUUUGUUACUCAACUCCAACAAGUUCACCCUGAUUGGAGACAACGCCUUCACAGGACUGUCACACCUGCAGUACCUCUUCAUAGAGAACAAUGACAUCUGGGCGCUCUCCAAGUUUACCUUUAGGGGACUCAGGUCCUUGACACAUCUCUCCCUGGCCAACAAUAACCUGCAGACACUGCCCAGAGACAUCUUUCGUCCCCUGGACAUCCUGAGUGACUUGGACCUGCGGGGCAACGCGCUGAACUGCGAUUGCAAGGUUAAAUGGCUGGUGGAGUGGCUGGCACACACCAACACCACUGUGGCCCCCAUCUACUGUGCCAGCCCACCCCGCUUCCAGGAGCACAAAGUGCAGGACCUGCCUCUUCGGGAGUUUGACUGCAUCACCACCGAUUUUGUCCUCUACCAGACACUGUCCUUCCCAGCAGUGUCAGCAGAACCCUUCCUUUACUCCAGUGACCUCUACUUGGCUCUGGCCCAGCCAGGUGCCAGCGCCUGCACCAUUCUGAAGUGGGACUAUGUAGAACGACAGCUUCGAGACUAUGACAGAAUUCCAGCCCCCUCAGCCGUGCACUGCAAGCCGAUGGUUGUGGAUAGCCAGCUCUAUGUAGUCGUGGCCCAGCUGUUUGGUGGCUCGUACAUUUACCACUGGGACCCCAACACGACACGUUUCACCAAGCUGCAGGACAUCGACCCACAGCGAGUGCGCAAGCCCAAUGAUCUGGAAGCCUUCCGCAUCGACGGUGACUGGUUCUUUGCAGUGGCUGACAGCUCCAAGGCAGGUGCCACUAGCCUCUACCGCUGGCACCAGAAUGGCUUCUAUUCUCACCAGGCCCUGCAUGCCUGGCACCGUGACACCGACCUAGAGUUUGUUGAUGGUGAGGGCAAGCCACGGUUGAUUGUGUCUAGUAGCUCUCAAGCCCCUGUCAUCUAUCAGUGGAGUCGUACUCAGAAACAGUUUGUGGCCCAGGCAGAGGUGACUCAGGUACCUGAUGCCCAGGCUGUGAAACACUUUCGUGCUGGUCGCGACAGCUACCUGUGCCUUAGUCGCUACAUCGGUGACUCCAAGAUCCUGCGCUGGGAGGGUACCCGUUUCUCUGAGGUGCAGGCCCUUCCCUCCCGAGGUUCUCUGGCCCUACAGCCCUUCCUGGUGGGUGGCCACCGCUACCUGGCACUGGGCAGUGACUUCUCCUUCACCCAGAUCUACCAAUGGGACGAGGGGCGACAGAAGUUUGUACGGUUCCAGGAGCUGGCUGUACAGGCCCCUCGGGCUUUCUGCUACAUGCCCGCUGGAGAUGCCCAGCUGCUCCUGGCCCCCAGUUUCAAGGGACAAACACUGGUGUACCGACAUGUUGUGGUGGAUCUCAGUGCCUAGAGGGAGGUUAGGUCCUUUGGGUUCCUCAAGGUGGUGCUGUAUGCUGGGUGGGGACCUCUGUGAGCAACUUGUGGUCCCGAGUGAAAUCACAUAUGGCUAACCUAUAUAUGUACUCCCACACACAUAGACACAGAAGUGGGCCUGGGCACACACCAGGGACUAGCCCAGGGGAGCCAUUACUGUAAUUGGUACCUACGUAUGGACCAGGCACUCGGUGUCCAGGUUCCCCUCUGCGUGUGCACCAGUGUCUCCUCAUCUACAGUGCCCUCAUGCUCUGCUCCCUCGCUAGUAUGUCUGAGUGAUGCAAUGGGUGCAGGAAGGGGUGAGCCAUGUGGCCUUCUCUUCUCAAGCUUAGCCUUCUGCCCUCUGGCCUUUCCUGUGGAUGCUCAAGGUGUCUGUGGACCUGCUUAGCAUCCGCAGCUGCAGCCUCCCUCCAGGUGUGCCCACACUCCCAAGUGUGCCUGCCCACGCCAUGCUCCUUCUGCAUGCGCCUGUGGACGCUGAUGGCCUCCUCAGUUACAUACUUGUGCAUACGUGGCCAUACUCCUGUUUCUACAUAUGCACAUGUCUGGGAGUGUGGACAUGAGCCGACUAGGUGCUGAACCGACAGGCUUCCCCGUCAUCACCCAGCUGCUCUUCUUGGCGGGUGCCUGCAGCACCCCCACUUUCUCUGCUCACCCCAGUGUGUCCCCCUUAUGUGGCUAAUAAGGAUAAUAACAGUAUGUAUGGCCAUGGCCUCCUGGGGACAAAGCCACUUGAUGCUGAAGCAAUAAUAGCCACAGAGGCAACGGCAACUGGGUUCUUUGCACUGCAGUAUACUUUUCUUCGCACUAGACUUUUCUUUUAUGACUCAGUCCUAGCUCGCCUGGACACAGGUAGAAGGGCUUUCUCUGGAUAGUACUGCUUUUUCAAGCUUGGGCUCUCUCCUCUCUCACCCCAUAUUACCCUAAACUGUGAUUGCCCCUUAGGCGGAUGUAAAAAACUGGCCAAGGCAAGACUCCUGAGGGAACCUGAGCUACUUGUGUGGGUGCCGGGAACAUGUUGGGGGCCUUGGCACCCCCCUCCACUCCAUGGAGAUGCUUCUGGAAGCUUGGCUCAGUGGGAAGCUGGAUGUGGGUGGCAGGAGGGACACCUAGAAACCAGGUCUCUGCUGCCCUCUGCUGUCCACUUGGAACAGCAGCCCAGAAGCAGGAAAUGGCCAGAUUGAGAGGAUUUCUUGUGGCCUGUGGCCCCCGGGGGGGGGG